UCACAUUUUCCAUUUUUGUUUUGUUUCCGAGCUUUUUUGCGGAAAGCAGAGAGAGGUUCGUGCCCUAUCUCUGUUCGUUCUUUCGUACUUUCUCUGGACGAGUACAAGGAGUUUAGAGAGAGAGAGAGAGAGAGGACCAUCAUCGUUAUCUUCUUGUUUCGUCUUCGUCGUCAUCUUCUUCUGGUGCUGGGUUCUGGUGGUGUUGCUGGAGGUAGUGGUCUGUAAUUGGGAUUGUGGGAUAGAGGGGGUUGGUUUGGGAGUGUGGGAUGAGCAUGGCCCUGCCAGGGUUGGGGUCGCUGACGACGACGACGACGACAUCGUCCGAAGACUCCAACAAGAAGAUCCGGAAGCCCUACACAAUCACCAAAUCCAGGGAGAGCUGGACGGAGCAGGAGCACGACAAGUUUCUCGAAGCUCUCCAGCUAUUUGAUCGUGACUGGAAGAAAAUUGAAGCUUUUGUUGGCUCAAAGACUGUUAUCCAGAUCAGAAGCCAUGCACAGAAGUACUUUUUAAAGGUUCAAAAAAAUGGCACAAGCGAGCAUGUGCCACCCCCUCGACCCAAACGGAAGGCAGCCCAUCCAUAUCCACAGAAAGCUGCUAAAAAUGCCUCUCUUCCACCACAGGCAAAUGUUGCAUUUCGUACUUCAUCAGGUCGUGUUGAACCUGGGUACGUGCUUCAGACAGACUCAUCUUCAAUUCUGAGGAACUCAACAACAAGUGCAGCGGUGCCUUCCUGGGCAAACAACGGCAUUCCUCCCAUCAAUAUGCCACAACUUAAUAAAGAUGAUAUGAGGGCAGCGCCGACGGGAUUAAAUAAUUGUAGCUGUAGUAGUGAUGAAAGCUCUCCAAGACAAUGGGCACCAUGCGAAAUAGCUGAACAUGGAAACAAUGGUCUACCAAUUAGAGUUAUGCCAGACUUUUCUCAAGUAUAUAGCUUCAUAGGCAGUGUAUUUGAUCCAAGCACUAGUGGUCAUUUACAGAAGCUAAAGUCGAUGGAUCCUGUUGAUGUUGAAACGGUUUUGCUGCUGAUGAGAAAUCUUUCUGUCAAUUUGUCUAGCCCAGAAUUUGAAGAUCUUAAACAUACACUGUCAUCCUACGAUGUAGACAACAUUCAGGAAGCUGGUCCCAUCCCCGUGGCUAAUGUUGUCUGAAGGACGCCAGGUUGAGGCUCUUAGGUGUUCUACGCACAGGUUGAUGAAAAACCGCCCUUCUUCUGCCAUCGUGUUGUAUGAUAAUGUCACCAGUAGUUUACUCCCAGGCAGUUAUUCUGCUUCACGAACCAGGCAUUUUCCUCCGGCUUGUCAAGUUCUACGUUUUCAUGUUUCAUUCUCUUCCUUCUCUUUCCCACUUUUUCUUACCCUUUUUGGCUUCUAUUAAGGGAAUCUGUAGUAUGAAGUUAUCAUAUCUCACUUGAGGGCUUCUUCUUGUGUAAUUAAUGUAUAAAAUUGUUUGUAAACUUUGUAUGUAAAUUAUCUGGCUUCCCUUA